UUUCGUAACACGCAUAAACUAAUGAAACCGUACUAUCCAUAACUGAGGAUUCUUGCUCCCCUGCUAGUAAUGUAAAAAUAUAUCGAUUACACUUCUGGCCGCAUAAUUGUCACGUUUGAACACCAAAGCGUGCGUGCUGGGAAAAAAAAUCUGGAAAUAAACAUGCGCUCUGUAUUCAGGGCGAUGGGAGUGAACAAGCGCACAGAGGAAAAGCUUACGACAAACAAGACUCAAUCAAUUAUUUCCAAUUUAUUGAUAAAAAGUAAGCAAAUAAUUAUCUAACCAUGUCGGACGUAGGAUCCAUCAAGCCUAAAGGAUAUUAACGUUCAUGGGACAGUACGUCGUGUUUUCCGGAAACCCGUCAGUUGGUGACCGAGCGAUGGUAACCGUAAGGUUAACCAUGCUGUUUAAAGUCGUUGGACAGAAGGUAUACACAGCAAUGCAGCUUAAACCAAACAGAUGUUCCAAGGACACCACGGCAGCCGUCCAUGACUUUGACUCCUGAACGAGUUUCCUGGCUUGGGCAGUUGGAUCCCAGUGCCUGGGAGUAACAGGUUGGAAUCAUCACGGUUCGGCCAGCGGUGACGUCGUGGAGCCUAAGUUGAAGGACAGUCGUGAUUGGCUGGGCACUUGGGAGGGAUUCUCAGAAAGGAGAGGGUGACCCCAGCUGGAUGUAGCAUAAAACAAAGCCUUGAAAAAAAUGAUUAUAUGCGAUUACGUUGUAAACUCACUGAUAUGCAGACUAGAAUCCCUAAAAAGGAAGCCAGCCAACUAUGAAUAAAGAAGAAGAUAAGUGUGACCCUGUCAUAAUUCCCUUAUGACGUCUUUUAAGAAGAGAUAGCUCAUAGAAAGUGCAUUAUCUAACUAAAUGAGACUGUUCCUCUUUGUCCUUCCUUAUAAAGAUUAUUACCAUGUGGUUGUGUAUGUUAUCGAAAAGUAUACAUAAUACCUUGUAAUCUUUCACAGAUAUUCUACUUGAUUAUAACUUCAUGUAUGGAGGAACUUUCUUUUUUUCUUUUAGAUAGAAGGAAAGUUCUGUGUAAAAUAAAAUGGCAGUAGCUGAGCAAGACACUCCCUCAAGGAAACCAAAUUGUAAAUGCAUUGCAAUGCUGAUCAUUUUCUUCACCAUUAACGUCGCCAUUUACAAUCUGACCUCAAACUCUGCCAAGUUCUUAAACCGCCGAAAGCCAAAUCCAGCCCCUCGCCCGAAACCUUUGCCUACCAUCCGACCGGAAUGUACUUUCCCAGUGCAGAGCAAUCCCCUGGUCAGCGUGACCGGUACCAGGUCUUACGUGGUCACGCCUUAUGUGGAGCACCGGGGAGAUGGCACGAAAAUCCGAGCCGUCUCCAUCGUGUACCGCCCGGAACCUGACAAGUACCAGUGCCUCCUGUGCUGUGGGGGGCGCAACUUCUCCGUCUCCGCCACCCGCUCGGUGCACAGCGACCACUUCGGUUUCGACUACAGCACCGGGGACAUCUUCUGCCCAAUGGUGAGCGACUGCAGAGAGCCAGAGUACGUGGCCAUUUCAUCCAAGGACCAACACCGGGACUCCGUGUUCAUCCCCGUCCGCAACCAGAAGCUCAAGAGCAGCGGCUUCGACUUCAACUUCACCGUCUGCAUCUCCACCAUGUUCGGGAACUACAGCAACCUCCUGCAGGUGGUGCAGUCCAUGGAGAUGUACCGCUUGCUGGGGGUUGGACGGGUCACGGUGUACAAGAACAGCUGCAGCCCGGAGGUUCAAAGAGCACUGGAUUAUUACGAGGCCCGGGGCUUUCUGGAAGUGGUGCCCUGGCCUGUGACGUCCCUCAUAAAUGUCUCCCCCGGUUGGCGUAAGUCUGCCUCCCCGGGGGACCUGCACUACUACGGCCAGAUCCCGGCGCUCAAUGACUGCCUCUACCGAAACAUGUACCGAACCAAGUACGUGGCCUUACACGACAUCGACGAGCUCAUCCUGCCUCUGAAAGUGGAGGACUGGAACCAGCUGUUGGAGCGUCUGGAACGGAAGUAUUCCUCGGACAAAGGCUUCGAGUUUGAGAACCACGUUUUCCCCAUCUCCGUGUCAGACGAGGGCGACAGGUACAGGCCCAGGGAGUGGGAGAACGUUAAGGGGGUCAACGUCUUGGAGCACGUUCACCGGGAGCCCAACAUCCCCGGUCGCUUCAACAACUUCAAAGUCAUUACCAACCCCCGCUUGGUGUUUGAGGCGACGGUGCACGGUUUUUUACACUCCCUGCACGGCAGUGUCCGUGUCAGCCCUGACGAAGCCCAUCUGUACCACAUCAGGAAAGGCGCUAGGCCUGACCUGAGACCAUCUGAGCUCAUAAAGGAUGAUCGCAUCAGGCACUACUCUUCCAGGCUAUUACCAGCGGUCUCAGAUGUGCUGAAACGCAUCAGCAACAAGGUAGAAUAGGACCUAGCUUUUUGGAUUCAGCCAACACAUCUCCCUUACCUUACCUGCAAGUGCCAGUGCUUGCAUUUAUUCAUAACUCAAGGAGAAGGGAAAUGUUGAUUGAAUCCAGGCCUUAUUCCAAGUGGGAUGCAAAUAUUGUCCAAGUUUCAAAACAUGAAUGGUUGUGGAUGUAGAGAAGUGCUUUAUCUAGGUGCCUGGAGUACUCUACACAUAGUGGCACAAUUCUUAUUUAAUUUAAUAGAAUCAAACAGUUAAACAUAAUUUCACUCCAUUGAUUGGUAUAAUAAUUAUUUACAAAGUACAGAUAACUGUGAACGCACUGUUGUGCAAUUUCUUGUGGCAUCUUCACUUUUCUCUUCACUUUUCACUUAACCUUUCAUCCCCUUAGUGGUAAAACUGGCCUGAUGAGUUUUGGUUUUCUGCAGACAUGGUUGAAAUACUUGACUGUCUCAAAAAAAUAACUCCUACCAAAUGUGAUGUUUGUUUCACUUCCACUUUGGUGGUUUUAAAGGUUAUGUGCGUGAUUGCUGUUCAACUUAUUCUUUCAUAGGGACCACAGAGGCUGUCCUGAUUAUGUUUGUUACAUGCAAAGUGAAACUUUGUAGAUGCUGCCGAUCUUUGUGAUUUCCUACUUGUUAUGCAAAUACCCAAAUCUAUGGCUGGAUUACAUAGCUUAUCAUACUCAGUUUAAACCACUGGAUAUUUGUAGAAACUAUUCACUUUAAUUAAUAUGCUCAGGUGGUAUGAGUGCUGCACUCUUCCUAAGAUUUGUAUCUACAGAUAUCUGAUAUUAUGCACUGCUCAUUUACUAUUGCCAGUGUGAAGAUUGUCUAUUCUAAUCAGAUGGCCUGGUACAACUCUGUCAUUGCCUAGGCCCAAAGUGCUUUACUUUUAUAAAUACUGAUAUGAAGGGGUAUGAAGACUAGCUGGUUUGUAUGUAUAUAUGUUAUAUGUGGCUACACUGUUGAAUGUCAUGGAUUCCAUGUUGUAUUAAUUUUCAAAGGGAACAUUUGUAAUGUCCAAAGAGUUUUGAUUCAAAUUGAUGUCCAAUCUAAAGGAAGUUUUACGGUAAAGAAUAUUAAUAUAUUCUGAAGAUAGUAUAAGCGCCUUAAACAAUUUUUGCUGGAAAUGUUAUUUUGUAAUUUAUACAGAUUUUUAAUGAAAAUGAUCUUGUAUUAUUUUUUUGUGAGAAUUGUAUAGGCAUAUGUAAGGGAGAAUGUACAGCGUGCAUCGUUUGGAAGUACAGGGUGCUGUGGCCCCUAUGCAAAGCAGAUUGGUCUUAUUUACCCUGAAGCGAUGCGAUUGGGUGGACCAGGAUGGGCCAUGGCCAAUUAUAAGAUAUCCUGGCCCUCCCCUUUAUCUUGGCUGAAUGAACACACCCAAUUGUGAAUGCCCACCUUGGUCGUUCUCACCAACCUAGUUCUAUGCAGACUAAACGAUAUGAAUAUUUCUGGCUAUGCUGCUGCCCUCAAGGAGCUUAUUUUAAGAUAUUGAUAAGCUCACUGUACAUUGUGUACAUUGUGUAUACCAUGGGUACUUGCCAAAUAAAUGUAUUAUCUGCCACAGAAUCAUCUCUUAAUUGAAUUCAUUACGCAUAUUUGUACAUUGUUAGCUUCAAGCAUAGAUCCAACAAACAACAAUCAUUUUUAGUAUGCUGGCAACCACAGAUAAGUUAGUGUAAGAUAUUAUGAAUUUCACAUUGUUCAAAUGUAAUGGAGCAUUUCCAUUUAUAGUAAAGUGUGGCAUUUAUUGGGGGUGUUGAGUGUCAGACCUUCUCGUAAAGUAUCUUCUACAUUUUCCUGUAUUAUUAUACAUUAGAUAAAUGUGUUGUUUGUUACCAAUAGGAGAGAGUACAUUCUUACCAGAGUAUUUGGUUAUGUAGAGUGACAGAGAGAUAAAAUCUUUUGUGAAAAUCUGUCAUUAUCAUAAUGAAUGAUAAUUGACCAAUUGCAAUUCUGUAUUCAACAAUGACGUGUCAACACAACCAAAGUAAUAAAAACCAAGAGAAACA